GCUAUAAACACUAUACCUAUAUCUAUCGAUAUCGAUCUCUUUCAUCAAAAACUCAUUACGAUUUUCGCACACAAAUCCUCAUCAACAAUGGAUCCAUGUCCAUUUGUUCGUUUAAUAAUCGAAUCAUUAUCACUUAAACUCCCACUAACCACAAAACCCGUCGGAUCCACUUCGGGUAUCCAUUCUUCCGCCACUCCAUGCUACUGCAAACUUCGUAUCAAAAACUUCCCGCCACAAACCGCCUUAAUCCCACUUUCCGGUGACCCAGAAACCACCUCUGCCGCCGUCAACUUCCACCUUGACCCCGCCGCACUCCGUCGUCUCCAAGGCAAACCGGUGGUGCUAACUGUUUCGGUUUACUCGGGUCGGAUGGGUCGUACUUGUGGGUUUAAUGGUGGGAAAAUGUUGGGCCGGGUCGGGGUUUUGGUUAGCAUUGAUGGGUCGCUUACUAAACCGGUUUGUUUUCAAAACGGGUGGAUGAAGCUUGGGACAGAACCGGCAGUUGCUAGUUUGCAUUUGAAAGUAAGGACUGAACCGGAUCCCCGGUUUUUGUUUCAGUUCGGUGGUGAGCCGGAAUGUAGUCCGGUUGUGUUCCAAAUUCAAGGGAAUAUUAGACAACCGGUUUUUAGUUGCAAGUUUAGUGCUGACAGGAACUCAAGAUCACGGUCUCUUCCAUCAGAUUUCACUAUGAACAAUAUCAAUAGAGGAUGGAUGACAACAUUUUCUAGUGGAAAAGAAAAACAAGGAAGAGAGCGAAAAGGGUGGAUGAUUGUGGUCCAUGACUUAUCUGGUUCAUCCAUUGCCGCGGCAUCCAUGAUCACUCCUUUUGUUCCUUCCCAAGGAACUGACCGUGUUUCUCGGUCAAAUCCUGGAGCUUGGCUCAUCCUACGACCCCAUGGCACCUCUAUCAGUAACUGGAAGCCAUGGGGUCGUCUUGAAGCAUGGCGUGAAAGGGGACCUGUAGACGGUUUAGGUUAUAAAUUUGAACUUGUCACUAAUACUGGUAUGACAAACGGUAUUCCUAUUUCUGAAGGCACAAUGAAUAUUAAAAAAGGUGGCAAGUUUUCCAUAGACGAAACUUUAAAAGAUUCAAGAGCGAGCCCAUUGUCAAAUAUCAAAGGGUUUGUAAUGAGUACAAAUGUUGAAGGCGAAGGGAAGGCAAGUAAGCCAAUGGUGCAAGUAGGCGUGCAACACGUAACAUGUAUGGCUGAUGCUGCCCUUUUUAUCGCACUUUCAGCUGCAAUUGAUCUGAGCAUGGAUGCUUGUAAGCUCUUUUCUCGUAAGUUGAGGAAAGAGUUUUUACAAGAUGAACAAGAUUUUCUCUCAUAAAAAGUUAUAUAAAAAAACAAAAAGAAAACGAAGGAAAUAAUCUUCAUUUCCACAAAAUUCAAUCAUAUGCAAUGAUAGCCAAUGAGAUUAGUGAAUUAAAUUUGGAUUGAGCA